AUGGAGUCCGUCGUACUUUCAGAGGAUUCCGUUCCGCGACGUACUUUAAGGAAACGAGUCAUAACCAGCAAGGGAUCAUUGCGAUUCAAGCCCGCUUCUGUUUCUGCCAUCACAGCACGUCAUGGGACUACUUCCGAAGACAACCUCAAGAAGAAAGCAUAUAAACAAGCAUUUUUACAAUCUGCGGCCCGUGCUCAAAGCGAGAGAGAAACUAGAGUGCGGGAGCUGAAGAAACGCGCGUUGGCAAUCACAUCUACCGGAAAGACUCCCGCAACCUCCCGCCAACGCCUCGUAAUGCAGAUGGUUUAUGAUGAGAUUACCCCGUACCCUGACGAAGCCUGGGUAUCCCAGCUGGGCGUCAUCAUAAACAGGGAAUACCACCAAGUUAAGAACUGGUUUUCCAAUCAACGACAGAAAGAUGCCAGGGAUUCACGGCAACACACGCCUCAGCCCGCUGCUCCUGCCAGUCUCGAAGCAUCUUUAUGCAAGAUCACAUGCGACGGACGUGAUUUGCGCUUGCGCACUGCCGCACUGAAUUCGUGCGGGGUAGAAGAUUGGUCUGAUACUUUCUUUGAUGAAGUAGUCAUGAUUUACAAUUUCCGUCUUCUCGCAAAGCACAGUCAAGAAGAGGCAAUGGCAGCUCUCGUCGAAUCUGAGCCUGAUGUGGCUAUACCCUCAUAG